CCUGAAAUAGUCACCAUGGGGGAAAAUGAUCCGCCUGCUGCUGAAGCCCCCUUCUCAUUCCGAUCGCUUUUUGGCCUUGAUGAUUUGAAAAUAAGUCCUGUUGCACCAGAUGCAGACGCCGUUGCUGCACAGAUCCUGUCACUGCUGCCAUUGAAGUUUUUUCCAAUCAUUGUCAUUGGGAUCAUUGCAUUGAUAUUAGCACUGGCCAUUGGUCUGGGCAUCCACUUCGACUGCUCGGGGAAGUACAGGUGUCGCUCAUCCUUUAAGUGUAUUGAGCUGACAGCUCGAUGUGAUGGAGUCUCAGACUGCAAAGACGGGGAGGAUGAGUACCGCUGUGUCCGGGUGAGUGGUCAGAAUGCCGUGCUCCAGGUGUUCACAGCUGCUUCGUGGAAGACCAUGUGUUCCGAUGACUGGAAGGGUCACUACGCAAAUGUUGCCUGUGCCCAGCUGGGUUUCCCAAGCUAUGUAAGUUCAGAUAACCUCAGAGUGAGCUCGCUGGAGGAGCAGUUCCGGGAGAAGUUUGUGUCCAUCAAUCACCUCUUGCCAGAUGACAAGGUUACUGUGUUACACCACUCGGUAUAUGUGAGGGAGGGAUGUGCCUCUGGCCACGUGGUUACCUUGCAGUGCACAGCCUGUGGUCAUAGAAGGGGCUACAGCUCACGCAUCGUGGGUGGAAACAUGUCCUUGCUCUCGCAGUGGCCCUGGCAGGCCAGCCUUCAGUUCCAGGGCUACCAUCUGUGCGGGGGCUCUGUCAUCACGCCCCUGUGGAUCGUCACCGCUGCACACUGUGUUUACGACUUGCACCUCCCCAAGUCAUGGACCAUCCAGGUGGGUCUAGUUUCCCUGCUGGACAAUCCAGCCCCAUCCCACUUGGUGGAGAAGAUUGUCUACCACAGCAAGUACAAGCCAAAGAGGCUGGGCAAUGACAUCGCCCUCAUGAAGCUGGCUGGGCCGCUCACGUUCAAUGAGAUGAUCCAGCCUGUGUGCCUGCCCAAUUCUGAAGAGAACUUCCCCGAUGGAAAAGUGUGCUGGACGUCAGGAUGGGGGGCCACAGAGGAUGGAGCAGGUGACGCCUCCCCUGUCCUGAACCACGCGGCCGUCCCUUUGAUUUCCAACAAGAUCUGCAACCACAGGGACGUGUACGGUGGCAUCAUCUCCCCCUCCAUGCUCUGUGCGGGCUACCUGAAGGGCGGCGUGGACAGCUGCCAGGGGGACAGCGGGGGGCCCCUGGUGUGUCAAGAGAGGAGGCUGUGGAAGUUAGUGGGAGCGACCAGCUUUGGCAUCGGCUGCGCAGAGGUGAACAAGCCUGGGGUGUACACCCGUGUCACCUCCUUUCUGGACUGGAUCCACGAGCAGAUGGAGAGAGACCUACAAACCUGAAGAGGAAGGGGACAAGUAGCCACCUGAGUUCCUGCGGUGAUGAAGACAGCCCGAUCCUCCCCUGGACUCCUGUGUAGGAACCUGCACAUGAGCGAACACCCUUGGAGCGCUGCGUUCCGGCACCAGCACAGGCCCGAAAGACUCACCCUUCCAUCUGAUUCCAGCACACCCUUCCAUCUGAUUCCAGCACAACCUUCCAUCUGAUUCCAGCACAACCUUCCAUCUGAUUCCAGCACACCCUUCCAUCUGAUUCCAGCACACCCUUCCAUCUGAUUCCAGCACACCCUUCCAUCUGAUUCCAGCACACCCUUCCAUCUGAUUCCAGCACACCCUUCCAUCUGAUUCCAGCACACCCUUCCAUCUGAUUCCAGCACAACCUUCAAGCUGCUUUUUGUUUUUUGUUUUUUUGAGAUAGAGUCUUGCUCUGUUGCCCAGGCUGGAGUGCAGUGGCGAAAUCUCUGCUCACUGCAGCCUCCGCCUCCCUGGUUCAAGCGAUUCUCCUGGCUCAGCUUCCCCAGUAGCUGGGACCACAGGCACCCGCCACCACGCCCGACUAAUUUUUGUAUUUUUAGUAGAGACAGGGUUUCACCAUGUUGGCCAGGCUGCUCUCAAACUCCUGACCUCAAAUGAUGUGCCUGCUUCAGUCUCCCACAGUGCUGGGAUUACAGGCAUAGGCCACCACGCCCAGCCUCACGCUCCUUUCUGAUCUUCACUAAGAACAAAAGAAGCAGCAACUUGCAAGGGCGGCCUUUCCCACUGGUCCAUUUGGUUUUCUCUCCAGGGGUCUUGCAAAAUUCCUGAGGAGACAAGCGGUUAUGUGACCUCACGUGCAAAGCCACCAACAGCCACUCAGAAAAGACGCACCGGCCCAGAACUGCAGAAGUGCGGUCACUGCACGUUUUUCUCUCUAGGGACCAGAACCAAACCCACGCUUUCUACUUCCAAGACUUAUUUCCACAUGUGGGGAGGUUAAUCUAGGAAUGACUCAUUUCAGGCCUAUUUUCAUGAUUUCUUUGUAGCAUUUGGUGCUUGACGUAUUAUUGUCCUUUGAUUCCAAAUAAUAUGUUUUCUUCCCUCAUUG